CCUCGCUUCUCCCUGCAGCCGAGUCCCCAGACUGCCGUAUCCAGGUGGGGUUCAGACGGUCAGCCCCAGGAUGUUGACGCCGCCGCUGCUGCUGUCUCUGCUGCCUCUACUUCUCCUGCCUGGCGGGGCCCUUUGCGGCCAGGAAGCCUCGGAGGGCCCACAGAAUCUCCACAUGCUCCAGAUCUCCUACUUCCGCAACCCCAAUCAAGUGUGGCAUCACGGCAACGCGUCGCUCGGGGGGCUUCCCACGCACAAACUGGAAGGCUGGGGCACCAAUGUCACGUUCGUCCAGCUGCAGCCUUUGCAGGACCCGGAGAGCUGGGCGAUCAUGGAGGAAAGCUUACGACUCUACAUCCAGCAGUUCUACAGCCUAGUGAGGCUGGUGCACCAGGAGCGCCACCUGGACUUUCCCAUGACUGUUCGCUGCUCCCUCGGCUGUGAGCUGCCGACGGAGGGUUCCAAAGCCAGCGCCUUCUUCGAUGUGACCGUGAAUGGGAGCGCCUUUGUGAGCUUCCAGCCCGAGACAGCCCUGUGGGUGGCACGAUCCGGCAAGACCUCCAACGUGGCCACCUACACCCUGCAGCAGCUCAACGCCUACAACCGGACUCGGUUUGAGCUGCAAGAGUUUCUGCAGGACACGUGUGUGCAGUAUGUGCAGGAACACAGCAGCGUGAAGGACGGGGCAGGCAGCCAAAAAGGCCGCUCCUACACUUCGCUGGUCCUGGGCGUCCUGAUGGGUUGUUUCAUCAUUGCUGGUGUGGCUGUUGGCAUCUUCCUGUGCACAGGUGGACGGCGGUGUUAGGGACUCUGCAGCUCCCUCUGUCAUAGGGCUGAACUGAGGGGGGCUAACAUGGGAGGGUUUCAGCUGACUGCAGAACCAGAGUCCCCCACGGGGACAUGACAGCCCAGAAGUCUUGGAGUGGCAGUACCUUUUCUCUCCCAGAUCUUCCCACCCAGAGCUUGGGCAAGGGGAGGCAAAGAAACUAGGGAAACAGUACUUGCUAAGCACAUCAGAACUGCAUGCUGUGCAGAAUGGGUCCAAGAAGGCAAUGCUAAUUUAUGCCUGAAAGAGAAUGGAGUGAGGGUGAGGGCUGGGGUGUAUGUGGUCCAUCCUCCAGCUACAGAAGGAAUCACCUGAAAAAUUCAGAAAAUAGACCAGACCAUCCACGACCAAGAGAAACCAUGCUCAGUGUUGCCAGGUGAGUCAGAUGCAAGAGGGACCCUGGUCUAACGCAAGUAGAAAGAAACAGAAAAGUGGUGGGAGUGUAAAUUCCAAGCAAUGUGGGAGCAAGGAGUUAACAAUUAUCCAACUUAUUCAUAA